AUGUUGACCCUGCUGUUGACCAAGUUCCUCGAGCAACACCUCGUCCUCACCGUCGUCCUCAUCCUCAUCCCGCUCCCCCUCCGCGCCCUUGAGACAUACCUGCGGAGAUGGAGGCUCGCACAGGCCCGAGGCUGCCGGGAGGCUACGAGCAAAGUUCCUGUCAAGGAUCCCAUCAUCGGGUUUGACUUUCUGUACAGAGCUUUGUUCGGUCAUGCCCCGGAGCGAUACCUCGAGAGUACGUGGACGGCGUUCAAGGAGAUGGGGACCACGUACGUAGAAAAGAGGUGGACUUGGCAGUGUGUUUACACCUGCGACCCUCUAAACCUCAAACAGAUUCUUGCCACUGCCUCUGAGGACUUUGAUCUCCCAGAGUUUCGCACCUCGGUCAUUGGACAUGUCUUUGGCCGGGGUAUCUUUGUCCUCUCAGGACACACAUGGAAGCAUGCUCGGACUGUUCUGAGACGAAGCUUCAAGAAAGAAAACCCUGCACCUUUCCUUGAAACUCUAGAGCGCAACUUUCAAGCCUUUACAAGUCAUGUUCCAACUGAUGGGUCUGGAGUUGACCUUCAGCCCCUGUUUCUAGGUCUCACCAUGGACGUUGCAACAGAGUUUCUCAUGGGGCACUCGACAGGCAUGCUCGGCAACAAAGACUAUCAUUCCAGGGAGCAGCAGUUUGUCGAUGACUACAUGGUCUGCUCCGAGGAGAUUAUCCAGCAGAUGCAACUAGGUCCCUUACACCGGCUCAAGUUCAACUUCAAAGCUAAGAGGGCUAAGAAGAGAGUGUAUGAGUAUCUCGACAAGUUUAUUGACGAGUCUCUUCAACACUCCAAAGACAGCAACCCUGAGGGUAAUUUCUUGGCAGACAUGAUGGCUAUAGCCAAGGACCGCAAGGGUCUAAGUGAUCAGAUCCUCCACAUCCUCUUGGCAAGCAGAGACACUACCUCGAGCUUACUGAGCAACCUCUUCUUUGUCUUAUCCAAGAACCCAGACAUCUUUGCCAAGCUUCGACAAGAAGUCCUCACCAUCUCUGGCCACGAACCCCCUACAGCCCACCAACUCAAGGAGAUGACUUACAUGAAGUGGUGCGUCAACGAAUCCCUGAGGUUGCAUCCUGUCAUCCCCACAAACGCCCGUGUCGCAGUCAGGGACACGACCAUCCCUCGUGGUGGCGGCGCCGACGGGCAGUCCCCCCUCCUCAUCCCCAGGGGCACCGCCAUGUUCUACAACGUCUACGCCAUGCACCGCAGCGAGGCCGUCUUUGGGCCCGGCGCCGACGAGUUUAUUCCCGAGCGGUGGCGGGACCUGAGACCGGGCUGGGGAUAUCUCCCCUUCAACGGCGGUGCCCGGGCCUGCAUCGGGCAACAGUAUGCGCUUCUGGAAACGCACUACGUUGUGGCUAGGAUGGCGCAGACGUAUACUCGGCUGGAGUCGAGGGAUGAUAGGGAUUGGAUGGAGCUGUACGCCUUGGCGUUGUGUUCUAAGAAUGGGACUAGGGUUGCUGCGAGACGUUGA